AUCCAUCACUCCACAACCAGUGUCCAUCCUGAAGAGUGAAGAGAGGGAAUAAAAGAGUGCACUGCUGUUGGCAGACUUCAGGAAGAGAUGCAGAAGAUUACGACGACUACAGCAACAAUCAUCAGAGAUCCCGCAGAGAUCAGGACAAGGGAAAAUAAGGGUACGCCUUGAUCUGUAAUGGACAGAAUGGAGGUGAAUGUGUCUGAUCUACACCAGAAGACAGAGAUCAGGUUCAUCAUGUCAAUGCUAAAAAGCUGUCUGCUUCUCUUCAUUAUCUUCUCCAUGGGGAAUACAGAAGAACCUGAUCACGGAAAUGGCAGUAAAUGCCCUGCUACAUGGAGGAGUUUUGGACUCCGAUGCUAUAAGUACUUUUCUGAUGCGAGUAACUGGAUCACAGCAGAGAGAAACUGUCAGAGUCUUGGAGCGAAUCUCGCAUCUGUGAGUAAUAAACUGGAAAAUAAAUUCCUGCUGAGUCUGUUGCCUUCUCCUUCAACACGUACUUGGAUUGGUGCUCAUGAUGCUGUACAAGAUGGACAUUGGUUGUGGAGUGAUAAAGCUGUGUUUUCAUACACCAACUGGUGCUCUGGAGAACCCAACAAUUACCAGCAGCGUCCCGAGAACUGUUUGGAGAUCAACUAUACCGCUGACCGUUGCUGGAACGAUGCGCCCUGUUCAACCUCAUUAUCCUAUAUCUGUGUCCUAGACAUGUGUGAUGCGUCUAUAUGGGCAUAGACGCAUCACACGGUGUUUUGAUUGAACUACUUUUCAAAGUGUUAUUCUUAAAUUAAAUUUCUACUAAGCUUGAAUCUCUUAUAUCUUUCUCUGACCUUCUCCUCACAUUAAUAAAAGCAUUGAAGAA